AUGCCGACAAGGGAUCUAGUAAAUCGUGUGUUGAGGUGGAGGGAGUUAUUUAGGACUAAUAAAUAUCCUCCACUUGGAAAUGAAGCACCUGAAGGACCAAAAAGUAAAUAUACAAACUUUUCAUUACAGCACAUAAUGGAAAAGUAUAAUUUCCUCCCGUCGUUCUUAUUAAAAAAAGAAUUCCUCCUAUCUUUAUCCUCAAAGAAUCCUGAAUUGGUGAAAGAUGCUUUUUUUGGAGAUAAAUACAAAUAUAACUUGGAGACUGACCUCCCUCCACCGAAUAAUGUACAAAGGAAGAAAGAUGAUUUAAAAGAACAUAAGUAA